AUGGCUACUGGGAAAUCGAAACAGAAGACGGCUCGGACGGCGUACAUCGCCCUGGGGAGCAACCUUGGUGAUCGGAUCGCCGAGAUCGAGCGGGCCUGCCGUGAGAUGGACGCGAGGGGCAUCAGGGUGAAGAGGACGAGCAGCUUGUGGGAAACUGAGCCCAUGUACUAUGCUGACCAGGACCGCUUCGUCAACGGGACUUGUGAGGUAGAGACGACGUUGGAGCCACUCGCACUGCUGGACCAGCUCCAGGAGAUCGAGAGGCUUAUGGGGCGGAAGAAGGUCAUCGACAAAGGACCGAGAAAUAUUGACCUUGAUAUACUGCUCUACGAGGAUGAGGCCGUCAACCAUGAGAGGCUCAAGGUCCCACACGUUGGCAUCCUGGAAAGGGAGUUUGUCCUUCGUCCUCUUGCAGAACUCAUCCCGACCAAGGCCAUCUUCCCAAAAAACCCUUGGAAGUUCACUCAGGACUACCUGAACGAGCUCCCGCCCUCCAGCCCACCGCUUACCACCCUGACUCCGUUGUCUCACACACAACCACCCCUUCAGGCCUUGAAACCCUCUCGCAAGACACAUGUCAUGGCCAUCCUGAAUAUGACGCCCGAUUCUUUCUCUGAUGGCGGCACGCACGCCACAUCCUCGCUUGCCGACACCAUCCGCACCUUCAUCGCUUCCGGCGCGACCAUGAUCGACGUCGGCGGUCAGUCGACGGCGCCUAGCCGCCCCGAGGUCUCGGCAGAUGAAGAGCUCAGUCGUGUAGUGCCCGCGAUCAAGCUCAUCCGCGCCCAGCCGGGAGCAGAGGAUGUUCUCAUCAGCGUCGACACGUACCGCGCACGUGUGGCCGAGGCGGCGGUCCAGGCGGGCGCGGAUAUCGUCAACGACGUCUCAGCUGGCGCCAUGGACCCGGAGAUGUUUCCCACUAUGGCGAGGCUGGGGAAGACAGUGUGCCUGAUGCACAUGCGCGGUACGCCGGCCACGAUGAGCAGCCUCAAUGAUUAUGGGGGCAGCAGCUCCUCCUCCUCUGACGAUGACGCCCUCGUCCCCGCCAUAGCCAAAGAGCUCCUCGAGCGCGUCGCUGCCGCCGAGGCAGCAGGUGUCCGGCGCUGGCGGAUCAUCCUCGACCCGGGUCUGGGCUUUGCCAAGGUGGGCGCGCAGAACCUCACCAUCCUGCGGCGCCUGCGCGAGCUCAGGGAGUGGCCCGGCCUGCAGAACCUGCCCUGGCUGGUCGGCUCGAGCAGGAAGAGCUUCAUCGGCAAGGUCACGGGCGUGGCGAGGCCGGCCGAGAGAAUCUGGGGUACCGCGGCGACCGUUGCUGCGGCGGUCGAGGGCGGCGCUGAUGUUGUGCGGGUGCACGAUGUCAAGGAGAUGGGGCAGGUCGUGAAGAUGAGCGAUGCCAUCUGGAGGUAUUGA